AUGUCCUUCCUACUUGAGGCAGAUGGAAAUAUUUCAGUUGAGGAAACUGGCGAUGCUUUAAAAAACACUGAUUUUGUUUUCACAUUUUACAUAUUUCUUGGUUAUGUAAACAAGGCCUUGGAGAAAGCCAGUAAAAAUAAGAUGAUUAUAGAUGCUAUCGGGGAGCCCGUUAUUAGAGGUCCUUGGUAUAAUGCAUCACUAGCAGUAGCUCAUCAAAGGCAAUCUGUAUCAUGCACAUUUCCUGUCUCUGGACCACAAGGCACUGGAAUUUUUCAGUUGAAGGCAGUUCGUAAUGGAGAUACGUGUUCUGAAAAACGGACAUUCUCUAUUCUAGACAAAUGGUCUCGCGACUGGGAGAUACUCAUUAUGGAAGCUCUCGUCCAUGUCCCCGGGAAUGAAGAGAAGCAGCAAACAUUUCGGAUCAAGGUUUCAGAUUACCUACUUCCACCAGCUAGUAACGCAUGCAGGGGUUGCACAUCUCAGGAAUCGUCCUGUAGUGUGGAGAAGAAAUAACGAAUGUUUAUUCUGCCAUGCCUCAGUGAUUUUUUUUUUAUUUUUCCUUUUCAUACAAAUCAUUCACAUGAUAACAAGUUUGUAUUUAGGGCUCUUUGAAAAUUUCCAGUUCCAAGGCACCAAAUCUAUGCUUGCAUGAAAGAGGGAUCUUAUUGAGGCAAUUACCAGAUUAUACUUAUUUAUUAAAUUGCGUAGUCGGGGAUUCUCUUAUAUUUCGAAGCUC